UUGUUUUGAUUCUACCAUUGUGUCAACGCUAAACCCUUGACAAGCCAUUGUAUAAAGCAGCAUUGUUUAUCUAGGCGCACAACCUCAACAGUAAACAAGUGGAGAAAAUUACUUCUUGCCGGUACAAUGAAAGUGAAAGUGUGUUAAAUUACUGCAAGCUACCCGCGCUAUGAAUGUCCGACACGACCACAUAGCGGUAUACACUUUUGUGGUGUUUUUGUUUUCGUUCAGUUUGUUCUGCUACGGCUUUUUCCCACUAUCAUUUUCUCCUUCAACAAAGGCCUCCUUUGAUGAGCUACCUCAACGUAUCGGAAAUGCAAGCUUCAAUGGCACCGAUUACAAACCGCGUAUUUCGAGAGCCAUCCUGAUGGUGAUAGACGCCCUGCGAAUGGAUUUUGUGCUGCAGGAAGAAAACUUCCAAUUUCUCAACCAUUUGCUCGGCGAAGGGAAUGCUUGCCUGUACCGUCUGCAGGUGCAUCCGCCGACGGUAACAAUGCCACGCAUAAAAGCGAUGACUUCCGGUGCCAUUCCAAGCUUUCUGGACGUGAUUCUUAACCUGGGCAGUCCAGAAAUGAAGCUCGACACCUUUCUGUACCAAAUGAAGCAGCGGCAGCAGAAAACCGUAUUCUAUGGUGAUAACACGUGGACAAACAUGUUUCCGGACAUUUUUUAUCGCAGGGGCGAGAAUACGGAUUCGUUGUAUGUUAAUGAUUUUUAUAAGGGUGAUCGAAACAUAACAAAGCUUCUUAACAUGGAGCUUCAGAUGUACGAUUGGAAGCUAAUGAUACUCCACUACCUUGGCUUAGAUCAUAUCGGACACGUGGAAGGACCGUACAGUGAUAAAGUGCCGGGAAAGUUGCAGGAAAUGGAUAAAGUAAUUAAAACCAUCCAUCAGACAAUGGACAAAUGGAAACAAAAGUAUUAUACCAAACCUUUGCUAAUUAUUACGGGCGAUCAUGGUAUGCGUGAUUCCGGUGGCCACGGUGGUUCAACGCAGCCGGAAACCAUUGUACCGCUCGUAAUAGUGAGCGAUCAAUGUGCGAAAAGUGAAGACACAUUCCUGCAGAUCGAUCUUGCACCGACCAUGUCCAUCUUGAUGGGUGUUGCGAUACCGUACGCAUCCAUUGGUUCUAUGAUUGAUCCUGCCCUAACGAUGUUACACCGUAGAGACAUGCUUUACGCGCUGUACUACAACACACAAAGACUGGCCUCCAAAGUGGAAGUUAUUUUAAGGGAUAAAUUUAAGAAAACCGAGGUACACAAAUCAUUCGAGGAAGCGAAAGCACUGCAUCAACAAUUUAUGCACGAUACGACUGAUAUUUCCGCCUACAAACGUGCCACGUUGCUCUACACGUCGUUGUCGAAGAACCUUACCCAGUUGCUUAUUUCCAGCUACAUACGAUACGACAUAGUUUUCAUCCUUGUUGGUACGAUUAUGGCGCUUUUAUGUGCGGCCAUUGCAGUGACCCAACUGCUACAGCAAGACACCAAUACGACCGUUUUAUCUUUGCAACCAAAACUAUUUCCCAGCAUCAAUUGUGUGCUGUUGAGUUUUCUGCUACUAAAGCUUCUGUCGUUUGAAAAGGAAACCUCCCAGGAAGCGACACAUUCAUUUCACGUCGUAAUAGUUUUGUUGUCUGUGGUGUAUUUCACACUAUGGGUGAUAUUGUCCCAUUUGCUUAAGGGUGUAAAAGUACCCUCGAUGACGCUGUUUCAUGAUGGUACAUUCUUUCUUUCAUCGUUCAUUUGGUUCGGUGUAGCAUUCCAUUGUGUUUCGCUCGCAAGUAGUUCCUUCGUGGAGGAAGAACAUCAAACUUGGUAUUAUCUUACCAGCAGCAUUAUGGUGCUGCUUACCUUGAAGCAGGUGAGCGUGAUGAACAGUACGAUCGGUGUGAUCAAGCACACCAAAACGGAUCCAUCGCUUGUUGAGGUGUGCAAAGAAGAGCGUAGCAUUUUUUGUGUCGCAUCUAUAGCUUUCGUCUGCAUGCAUGUGCUUGUACGACGGUUUAAUCAAACUGGCGACAAGUGGCAACAUAUACCCGAUGUGGGUGAUUGGUUAUCGAAGGAUGAACAUAAGGUUUGGCUUAGUGUGAUCAUGUUCCUUGGUUUGUGUUACUUGGUGUAUCAAAUUUGCUACAUGGCAGGAUUACUAACCACCGUACUAUCGAUGACUGCCUCCAUGCUAAUCUACUACUACCGUGCAGCGUCCGGUACGGUGAGCAUCUUCGGCCUAAGUGCAUCCAACUCAUCCAUUUGUCUUACAAUAUUUUGGAUCAAUUUGGUGGAAAUAUUCUUCAUCGGCUUUCUUCCCAUGAUGUAUCGUGCGAUUGUGGCGCGCACAACUCCAAACCGCACCGGUGAACUGUAUAGUAAUUGCAUUAUCAUUGUGGCGCUGCUGUCCGCCUUGUUGCACAAACCGCACAACGUGUUGCUGGUGGGGACUCUUUUCGCUACGAGUAGAUUUCUCACCGAGCGCAUUAAUCGCAUCGCGGACGAUAAGUACAGCAGCAUAAUGCUAAAAGUAAUCACCCAUUAUUGGUUAGGAAAAACGUUUUACUUCUAUCAGGGCAAUUCGAACAGUUUGGCUACGAUCGAUCUUAAUGCCGGUUAUGUGGGACUGAAUAACUUCGACAUGGUUCGUGUUGGAUUGUUUCUCACGCUGCAUACCUUUAGUGGGCCUAUUUUAAGCUUUCUGUUAAUGCUUCAUCACAUUUUCUCCGACAACGAGCGGGACGUAAAACAGCAACACCGAUCGGAAACGAGUAGUAACGUACGGGAACGAAUUCUUACGCUGAUAAACGUACUUAUUACUGUUCCAGUGAGCUUUUUCCUAGCUGUAGCAACAGUAUUGCGCGAUCACAUAUUUGUAUGGACCGUUUUUUCGCCAAAGAUCAUCUACGAGUACUUCACCGUGUGGUUGGUACUAAUUCAAGUAAUGCUAGUCGUAUUCCUGCUGCCAAAGACAAUGUCCUCUAGUGUGUGAAAGUGUGUUUGAACUUAAAAAUUAGAAUAAAUUAAAUUUUGUGAGGUUUUUUUUCUAUUUAUUCCCAUAUUUUUCUUUUUUCUUUUUGGUUUAGUUUCGUUCUUUAAACAAAACAUUACCUGAACUGAACUGUAGUUCUCUGUAGCUCUAUUUU